GGAGGCGCCAUCUUGUUCCUGUGCGAGGCGGCGGGGCCGGGCCCGCGCUGAGGGAGCGCCCGGGGCAGCGCCCGCCGCCACCGCGGGGCGCGGCAUGGACACCCACUAUUACGGCGGGGAGCAGUCAGAUGAUGGAGGAGCUACUCCGGUGCAAGACGAGCGAGACUCAGGAUCUGAUGUGGAAGAUGAAGGAAACGAGCAGCAUUCUGGAUCCGAGAAUGGAAGUGUAGGGCACCAUUCAGAGAAUGAACACAGUGAUGGAGAAGAUGACAGGCAAGUAGGAGAGCCUCAUAUGACAGACUCUGAAAAUGAAGAUAUCCCAAGGCAAAAAGACAGUGACUCAGAUAAUGAGGAGCCCCCAAAUCACAAUGUAAGUGAUUCAGAAAAUGAAGCAACGCAUGGAGGGAAAGACAGUGAUUCUGAUACUGAAGACCAUCCAAACCGGCAUUUAAGUGACUCUGAAAAUGAAGAGGCCUUAAAUCAUCGAGCGAGUGACUCUGACAAUGGAGAACCUCCGAGGGAUCACAGCAGUGAUUUUGGAAAUGAGGAGUCACACAAGCAGCCAGCCAGUGACUCUGAGAGCGAGGAGCUCCAGAAGCAGCCAGCCAGUGACUCCGAGAGUGAAGAGCUCCAGAAGCAGCCAGCCAGUGACUCAGAGAGUGAGGAUGUCUCCAGGCACAAGCAGAUAGAGUCUGAAGAUAGCGAUGGGGAGGACAGGAAGGAAGACGUGCAGAAUGACUCUCAUCAUUCAGAUAAUGAACAUGUAAGGAAAGGAUUUCAGGGCUCUGACAGUGAAGAUGAAGCCCCUAAGAGACAUAAAAUAUCGGACAGUGAGGAAGAUGAGAAAGAGGAAGAAAAGACGGUGAAGAGGAAAACAGCCAUCCUUUCUGACAGUGAGGAUGACAGUGAGAAAACACCUGCAAAAAAGGUACGAAUCCUUUCUGAUGUUGAAGAAUCAGAUAGUGACGCUGCUUCAGAGAAAUCUGACAAAAGGAAGAAAAAUGUUGUGUCUGAUAGUGAGGAGGAGGACGAAGAAGGAAAAGAGAAUGCUGGGAAGAAAAAAGAGAAAGAUCUGUUUGGCAGUGACAGUGAAUCUGGAAAUGAACAAGAGAACCUGAUCGCAGAUAUAUUUGGAGAAUCUGGUGAUGAGGAAGAGGAGGAAUUUACGGGUUUUAACCAGGAGGAUUUGGAGGAAGAAAAAGGUGGUGGAGACACGAAGGAGACAGCAGAUGAAUCGGACUCUGAUGAUAACAUCAAAAGAGGGAAGCACAUGGACUUCAUGUCAGAUUUUGACAUGAUGCUGCAGCGGAAGAAGAGCAUGAGCGGCAAGCGCAGGCGGAACCGUGACGGGGGAACUUUCAUCAGUGACGCAGAUGAUGUGGUCAGUGCCAUGAUUGUGAAGAUGAAUGAAGCUGCUGAGGAGGAUCGUCAGCUGAAUACACAAAAGAAACCAGCACUAAAGAAAUUAACUUUGCUACCAACUGUAGUUAUGCAUCUUAAAAAGCAGGAUCUCAAAGAAACUUUCAUCGACAGUGGUGUUAUGUCUGCCAUCAAAGAGUGGCUUUCUCCUCUUCCAGACCGAAGUCUGCCAGCACUAAAGAUAAGGGAGGAGCUUCUGAAGAUCCUGCAAGAGCUGCCCAGUGUGAGCCAAGAGACCCUGAAGCACAGUGGCAUUGGACGGGCUGUGAUGUACCUGUACAAACACCCCAAGGAGUCGAGACCGAACAAGGACAUGGCCGGGAAGCUGAUCAAUGAAUGGUCUCGACCCAUCUUUGGCCUUACCUCAAACUACAAAGGCAUGACCAGAGAAGAGAGGGAACAGCGAGAUUUGGAACAGAUGCCUCAUCGAAGGAAAUUGAGCAGCUCUGGUGGUCAGACUCCCCGCAGAGACCUGGAGAAAGUGUUGACAGGAGAGGAAAAGGCUCUCAGGCCCGGGGACCCUGGUUUCUGUGCCCGUGCGAGGGUGCCAAUGCCCUCCAACAAAGACUACGUGGUCAGGCCCAAGUGGAACGUGGAGAUGGAGUCCUCCAGGAAUGACAACAGAGUAACAUCUGGUACUGUGGCUUCUUUGCCUCUACCUCUGAAAAUGGCUGUCUUUGCUGAGCUUGCCUCCAAGAAGAGGACUCUUUUGCACAGGAAGUGUUUCUUCAACCCACAGGACUUUGUGUUCAGAACAGGAAUGUAGUUUCAGUUUAAAUGCUGAAAUUGCCACAGUAACACAAGUUAAAAAGGUAACUCAGAAGUACUACCUGAAUAUGAAAACGGGCAGCUGCUGUUGAUGGAGCACAUCAGCAGGAGAAAUAUCGCAAGUAAGGAGCUGCUCCCCAUGUCAGUGAGUAUUCAGAACACUCUGACUUCCUUCAGAGGGAAAAGAAGAAUCAAGUUAGUAUGUUGUCAACAAAACCAGCCAGCAACAAAGAUGAAGUAGAAGCAAAAGGACAAGAGCAGGGACAAAGAAAUCAACAUCUCCCCAGUUCAUUUUGACCUUUUGUCCCUUGUUUCUCCAAGUCACCACAGCAGGAAUCCCCACAGGCAGAGGCUGAGCCAGCCCAGGAUGUGGUGCAGGGUCUGAGCCAGAGGCCCCACAGAAAAGCCAUGGGGAGCAUGGGAGUGCAGGGGCCAGACCCCAGAGGAGCAGGGGCCGCUCCCAGUCACAGCCCAGGCCCCGCUGUGCCAGCUCUCACACCAAGGGCAGAUGCACAACCAGCCACGAGCUCCAGCAGUCCCAGCAGUUCCAGCAGCCACUGUGCAAUUCCUGAUGGUCUGGGCAGGUAAGAUCAUCCACACCAACCCCAGCCAGGCACCAACCAGCACAUACCUGGGAGUCACAGGUACAAGACAGAAGUUUGGAUUUCUUGGCAUUACCUUCCCCCACUGAAUGAUUUACCAGGAUUCGACAGCGCGUACUUCUCUGCUACCUGCAGCAUGUUUUCAAAAACACAGGAUCCAGAGUGAGUUCAGCUUACACAGAACCAUGCAAUUAUACUCACUUUAUUUUUUUAGGGGAAGACAGGAAAGAGAUUUGGAUGUACACCAGGAACAGCCAUGAGGUCAAGAGAUUGAUCAUUAACCUGUCACAAAUAUUGACAGAGGAGAGACAACCUGGAUUCUAUGAAACACAUUAGAAACCCAAAAUCAGAACAAAAUUGCAUGUGUUUCCACAUAUGCACAGGUGCAUUAAAAAGAGAAUUCGAAAGGUCUUUAAAAAUAUCCUUCAGUAAUAAAAGCCACCUUUUGCAACAAAUUUAUUCAGGAAGAUGUGGAAAUUUCGAGAGCACAUUUCUGACAUUCCAUCACCUUUCAGCAGGUAAGACCAACCAAUUUGGAAAACACGCAAGCUGCUCUGUUAGCCCUCUGUUGAAAUAUGCGAAGCUGGGAGUGUGCAGGAGGAUUCACAGCAGUCACCUGCAGGCAGGCAAAUAUUGCCCUGCCACAGUGACAGCCACCCCUGACAUGACAAUUUCUGCUGUUUCUCAGAUCUGUGUUUUACUGCCUUUGAACACAAUUGUGUUUUUCCCUGCGAGUCAGUGAUACAGGUUCCCUCUUCCCAGUGCAGGCCUGGUGGGAAGGCUGCUGUUCAAAGCAUUAUUCUUUAGCAUUCAUCCAUCCCUAAAUCCUGUCCCAAGGCAAAAAGAGGAGGAGAAGAGAGAGACAGAGCCAGCAAGUGACAAAGAAGCCCUUGGCUUGACUGCUACUUCUUCAGUGCAUGACUCAACAUCCUCACUUGGGUAAUGAGCACAGAGAGGCAGCUUCUGAGGGAACAAGCUCACGAAUUUAAGAGGUAUUAAGCCUCCUUGCUGAUACCAUAUUAAAUUUCUCACAAACCCUAAUAAAAUUUUGUGGUACCUGGGGUUUUUUUGUUUAACAGUCUCAUCACAAGAGCAGACUGAAGUUCUUCACUGAUCCAAACAUGUAUCCAAGCUCAUUGAGAUGUUGGAAAUACAACACUACAGCAGAGAUAGUUUUCCUUUCUACAGGAUUAAUUACGUUUAACAAGUCUCAAGUACUAAGAUGAGAAACAAGUACUAAUUGUGAUAUUAAACUUCACUUGGACUACUGCUACUUCCUAUAGACUUACUGGUGCUGAAUGUCUUUAUUUUUUUACUGAUACACACACAGACAGAGAUGCAAACAAACACGUAUUUCUCAGUAAAAGCACCAGCAAUGCUAACACAGCCUGCAGUCGAUUGCAUUCACCAGAAAAGGAAGGAACAGAAUUGUUUGCUUGCCUUGUUAAUUAGAGGACAAUUACAGACCUCAUGAUAAAUAGAGCCGGCAAAAGCUUGGAAUUAAAUUUUGUUGGUUUUUU